AUGGCCAUGACAAACUCAGCUAUUGGUUUUGAAGGCUAUGAAAAGAGGCUUGAGAUGACUUUUUUUGAGAGUAGUGUUUUCUGUGAUCCUUCUGGAUUAGGUCUCCGUGCAUUGUCUAAAGACCAAUUGGAUGAAAUUCUGAACCCUGCAGAGUGUACUAUUGUUGACUCACUAUCUAAUGAUUAUGUUGAUUCAUAUGUUCUUUCUGAGUCAAGCUUGUUUGUUUAUGCGUACAAACUUAUCAUCAAAACCUGUGGGACUACAAAGUUGCUUCUGUCUAUCCCUGCAAUUCUUAAGCUUGCAGAUGGUCUUAACAUUGCUGUGAAAUCAGUGAGAUACACUCGUGGAAGCUUCAUUUUUCCGGGAGCUCAAUCAUUCCCUCAUCGAAGCUUUUCUGAGGAACUUGCUGUUCUUGAUAGCUAUUUUGGUAAACUUGGUUCUGGUAGCAAUGCUUACAUGAUGGGUGAUGCUGAUAAGUCCCAAAUUUGGCACAUUUACUCUGCCAGUGCUAAGACAGAAACUUCACCGGAAGCUGUCUAUGGGCUUGAAAUGUGCAUGACUGGUUUAGAUAAAGAAAAGGCAUCUGUGUUUUUCAAGACAAGCACAUCUUCAGCUGCUUUGAUGACUAGGAAUUCUGGAAUCAGGAAGAUCCUUCCAAAUUCUGACAUAUGUGACUUUGAAUUUGAUCCAUGUGGGUAUUCAAUGAAUGGAAUUGAAGGAAAUGCAAUCUCAACUAUCCAUGUCACCCCUGAAGAUGGAUUCAGUUAUGCAAGCUUUGAAGCAGUGGGUUAUGAGUAUGAAGAGAAAUCUCUGAAUGAAGUUGUUGAAAGGGUUUUAGCAUGUUUCCAUCCAGCUGAGUUUUCUAUUGCUUUGCACAUUGAUAUGAAUGGUGAAAAACUUAACCAAUUUGCUCUAGACGUGAAAGGAUACUACUGUGGAGAGAGGAGCAGUGAAGUUGUUGGAGAAGGUGGUGCUGUUGUUUACCGUUCCUUUGUUCGAAAUGAUGGCUGCACAUCUCCAAAGUCUACUCUGAAAUGUUGCUGGAGUGAGGAUGAGAGCGAGGAGGAAGAGGUGAAGGAGACAUAG